AUGGUGGAUGGAGUGUUAUCGUUGAACAAAAUCAUAGAUCAUGCAACAAAGGAAAAGAAGGAAUGCUCCAUAUUCAAAGUAGAUUUUCAGCAGGCGUAUGACUGUGUGAAUUGGCAUUUUUUAAUAAGCUUAUUUCAGAAAUUUGGAUUCAGUGUCAACUGGUGCAAGUGGAUGGAAUCAUGCGUCUUCAACAGUUCUAUGUCGAUUCUCGUUAACGGAAAUCCAACAAAAGAUUUUUGGGUGGAGAGAGGACCGCGACUAGGAGAUCCCUUAUCUCCAUUCCUUUUCACACUAGUCGCAGAAGGCUUGGCAAUAUUAGUACAAAAGGAUGCUCAUUCGGGGAGGUUUAAAGGAUACAAACUGAAGGAAAACUUGGAGGUAAGAAUUCUGCAGUUUGCAGACGAUACAAUGUUGGUGGGUAAUGGUUGUUGGGGAAAUUUACGGAGCAUUAAAACGAUAAUCAAGGGUUAUGAACUAGUUUCCGAGCUGAAGGUGAACUUUUGCAAAAGCAAAGUAUACAACAUAAAUUUAGAGGAAUAUUUCUUGGAAAGAGAUUCCCAAUUUCUUUGUUGCUGUAGCGACACAUUACCUUUAAAAUUCUUAGGAAUUUCAGUUGGGAUCAAUCCAAGAAGAUGCAACUCGUGGACUUCGUUUGUGAUUAGUUUGAAGAAAAGACUUUCGUCGUGGAAGGCACGUGGAAUUCGAUUCAUGCUGGGAAAAGGAGAUACCGUUCCUUUAUGGCAUGGAAUUUGGUUGGGGGGCUCUGCUUUAAAACAUAUGUUUCCUUCAGUUUUCAAUAUACCGCGAAGGCCAAACGACAUGGUUCGUGAAAUGGGUGAUACACUACUGGAAAAGCCGGUAACAAUGCUGGAAGCCAUGGAAUUCGUGGAAAUAUUAGCAAAUGUUAAACCGAUGGAUAUGGUGCAAGACGAUUUCAAGUGGUGGCCUGUCGCGGGAGGAGUCUUCACCCUGAAACGCUGCUACCAUUUGUUUCGCGACAGGCUCGAGGAAGACGUGGUGGACGCAAACAAAUUAAUGGCGCUGUAUCAGUUUUGGAAAACCCAAGUUCCGUCAAAACUCAAGGUAUUUGGAUGGAGAGUAAUUCUUGAUAUAUUGCCGUCAAAAAUGCAAUUGGCAAAGAGAGGAAUAAUCCGCAAUGAACAAGACAAAAUGUGUGAAUUUUGUGGUGUUGUGGUGGAGGAUUUAAAUCACUUGAUACUUUCAUGCUUGUUAUCAAAAAAUGUGUAG